UCCACAUUUGCAGCUCGAUCGUCGUCAUGAUUGCCUCGGAAGUGCUGUACGCAGAGUUUGACAUUGACAAGGGCAGUACAUUACGCGCAAGCUUCCCGACCGCGCCGGAUGAAUUGCAGAAGACGGUGCAUCGCACGCCAGAGUUCUUUGCCGAUAUGAUGCUUCCUGAAGGCGUCCACAACCGGGAACAAGACUACACAGUAUUCUUCAUCCACAAGGACUCGGAAGUCAAGUACUGCUUGAGCGUGGUCAAGACGAUGCACGAUGCGAACGUCCGUCGUGGGGCGCGAAUCAAAGCAGUCGCCAUUUGCUCCAACUACCACUUUUGCUUUGCGUUCAAGGACAUUCUGAAUGUUGCCAUCGACAAGUUGUUUGCGUUGGGGUCGAACGAAUCGGUGUCGUCGGCCACGGCUGUGUUGAGCUCGCUCUUCGACGUCAUCAACUCCGUGGACGUCUCUGGAGUCACAAAUCUCCAAAAGUCCGAAGUCGAAGUGCGGCUGCUCAAGCGUACCAUGUGUGCCAAGCCGCUGGGCGGUCCCGUGCACACCUCGGACGAGUCUCUGGAGUACACGACGCAUGCCCUCUGGGACGACCUGACGAUUCCGCUGAAGAUCAAGCUGGGCAAUACACAAGAUCAGCACGAAGAAGGCUCGCUCAUCGACCUCAUCGCCAAGUUUGGAGACCAAACGAUGCAAAUUUACAAUGCCGUGCUCACUGGCAGUCGCGUGAUCCUCUUGGGCUACGGCCUCCCUGCUGGCAAAGUGUGCAAUUACGUGCUGUCGACCAGUGCAUUGCUAUGUCCGCCGCUGGUGGGCGUCAUCCACCGUCAACAUCCAUAUGCAAACUUGACUGACUUGGCAUUUUUGUCCGUCCCAGGGUACAUUGCAGGAGUGACGAAUCCAAUGUUCAAGGGGCGAAAGGAGUGGUGGGACAUGCAUUGCGACUUGGCGACGGGGGACAUUUUGGUCGCGCACCCGUUGGAGAAGGAUGACGCUGAUGCCAUCGACCACGAUUUUAUCUUGCAAGUCAUGGACGGCAUCGAAGCUGGCUUUAGCGAGUCUUGGGUGCGAUGCAUGUUUGAAGACUAUACUCGUCAGGUGAAUCUAUAUAUAUAUAGUCACAAAUAUAUAUAUAUAUACGUAUGUAUUGACAACUAUAUACUACUUAUUUAAAAACAACUUUAUGCAUAUAUGAACAAAUACGACUACGUAGUACUAGUAGUACACAGUAUAUAUCACCUAUAUAUAUGUUUGAAACUUUUGUGUCUUGGAUAGAAUAUCGUGGACAUUGCGACGGGGGAAGCGAGCUUUGUGGACGUGGACGCCCAAGGCAAGCGCACGGCCGUGAACCACAAGCGCAUCACGAAAUGGGCGCGCACGGAAAACUACGACCGGUUCGUCCGUGCGCGGAAGGAGGCUCCUCCCACCACGCCGGCCUUCGACCCCAAGGCGAGCGGGGGAGUGGACUUGAAGCGGCAUCUGCGCACUCUGAUGCACGAAGAAGUGCCGGACGACGCGCACUUGGAGCGCAUUUACGCCGACUUUGUCUCGUUGCUGACGUCCGAGGACGAGCUGAAGGAGUUGCUCAGCUACAUCCCUCGAUCCAAGGGAGGAAUCCACGUCGUGGCCCAAGGGCUGUUUCACCGUUCGAUCAGCGUCAAGUACAACACGAUCGUGCUGCUGAAGCGACUCGAGUCGUUCGACUCGACUAAAGACGUAGUCCACGCCCUCAAUCCGUUCGUUGCCACGACCUACUCGCAGCUGCUCACUACUGUCUUUGAACCGAAACGCUAACGUUAAUAACAGUUAUCGCUACUUGUA